AGCAAGCUAUAACAACUCAAUUGAACAAUCUAAUUUUCUUGUAAAAAAAUGGAGUUCUCUUCAUUGAACACCAAAACUCAUAACCAUGCUCGUUCAAAUAGUUUACCUUCUAAGCCACACCCUAUAAUUCUACAAUGCAAUGAACAUUUAUCAAAAUUAGGGGGUGCUAAUAGUAACCAUGAUGCAAUUUCCUCUUUAACUCUCAUCCACAAACUAGACAUCCUUCAAGAUUUGCAUAUAUGCAUUGAGAAAUUGGUUCAACUACCUCUAACACAAGAAGCACUUGUAAAACAAAGCCAAGAGAAAUGGGUUGAUGAGUUUUUGGAAGGUUCCUUAAGGCUUCUAGACACAUGCACGGCGACGAAAGACGCGUUACUUCACAUGAAAGAGUGCGCUCGCGAGCUACAAUCGAUCAUAAGACGAAAGAGAGGAGGUGAAUUAGAGGUUACAAUAGAGGUCAAGAAGUUUUUGACCUCAAGGAAAGUGGUGAGAAAGGCUAUAUUCAAAGCCUUGGAAAAUUUGAAAGGUAAUACACAUAAAUGUAUUUUAUCUAUUAACAACAACAAAGAUUAUCAAACUUUGGCAACAAUUAGUUUGUUGAAAGAGGUUGAAAUGAUAACUUUCUCUAUAUUUGAGUCAUUGUUGAAUUUUAUGUGUGGAACACAAACAAAGAGAACUAGUUGGUCUUUGGUUUCAAAGCUAAUGAAUAGCAAAAGGGUUUCAAAUUCAUCAUCACAAAGUGAAGAUGAGAAUGAGUUUGCAAAAGUGGAUAAUGCUUUGGAGUUAUUUGCUUUUAACAUUGGAAGCAAGUUAAGUGAUGUUGAAAAUUUGCAAAAGAAGUUGGUGAAUUUAGGAUCAUGCAUACAAGACUUUGAAGAAGGACUUGAAUCGUUGUUUAGGCGUUUGAUUAAAAUAAGAGUUGCACUUCUUAAUAUCCUUAAUCACUAGUUGAAUAAUGAACCAGAUGCAUAGGAAUUUUGGAAAAUAUAGCAUCUUGUUUGUAUGAUACAAUUGUAGAUAAUGUGGUAUGUACAUGUUAUUUUGGUGGUAAAAGUUCAUGAAAUGAGAUGAAAAUAUAAGAUGUAAAUAUUUUAUUUUAAAGUUUUGACCAUUUUGCAUCAAUUUUUAACACUAUCGGUCUAAAUUUUUUAACACGUAACAAUAAUUAUUAAUUAUAAUAACUAAUAAGUACCCAAACACAUCCACUUUGAGAAUGAAAAAUAUCUAAGUUUCUUUUCUUUUCUUUUUUUUUACAAAGG